UUGGCCGGCGCACUGUCAGUACCUCUCACUGACAGCCGAGUCAAUCUUGCUGGCCCGACAUACACUAAAAGACCUGAGACGAACAGCGAUGGGAUACCUUUGUCGAAGCAGCUUUCCAAUUUAUAUCUUCGUCAAAGGAGGCAUGGCUGAGCUUCUUCCCUCUCGCAAAUUCCAGCUGACAAGCAAAGAAUCCCGUAUCAACAACACAAGAUCACGAUGUGCGGCCCAGAAACCCCCUCCUCAACUCCCCGCGUCGGUGCCCGAGUAGAUUUCUUCUCCCACACAUCUUCCUCCUGCAGUAGCAGCGACAGCAAUAGCAGGCCGAUCGGCAACCUGUUGUUCCUCAAUCCUUCCUCUCCGUCCAGCUCCCUUGCCACACACGUACGCUUCCAGCAGCCGCCCAGAGCAGACAAGCUCAACUCCAGCAAGAGCCUCAGCACAGACAGCAUCCUCGUAUCAAUACACUUGACGGGCGACCUAACCAAGCCGGUCUCUGACUCCGGGCUGUUGCGACAAUUCACUCUCUGCCGCGGUUGUGAGGCUGUCAAUGGCGACGGUGACGGCUCACUCUUCGAGAUGCCGUUGCGGGAAGCGCUCUCAAUGAAUGUGGGGCAGGAUGGCAUCAUUGGGAGGCGGGUAUCGAUGACGAGGGGAGGGGAGCUGCUGGCCGACGGGAUCGUGGGUUUCAAUUUCCUUCCGCCAGCGGCAGCCACAACCUCGCUAUAG